AUGCAGCUUCUUCCGCGCCUCUGCACGGCCACCGGCACCGGCACCGGCGACGGAGACGGGAACGGCAACAGCAGCGGUAACAGCAGCAAGCUGGGCACCGCGGUGUCGUCGUCCUCCUCGUCGACCGUCUCCACGUCCUCCGCUGCUGCGGCGGCCGUGUCGGAGGCGUCGUCGUCCUCGACGUCCCUCCCUUCGCUCCCUUCGCUCUCUUCAGCGACGAGCGCCAGCCUCGCCGCGUCCUUCGCCCACGUCACCACGCUCCUCCCUCUGCCCGCGUCGUCGUCCGCUGCCGUCGUCGCGGCGGCGGCGGCGGGGGACUCCCUCCACGGCUGCCUCGUCGUCGUGGCGCGGCCGGCGUGCGUGGCGCUCCACGACCUGUCGACGCUGGAGGCGACGUCCACCUCCGACGCCGCGGACGCCGCCGCGGACGCGGGCUCGGUCAAGUGCGUGGCGCACCUCCACGGCGGCGGCGCGGCGGCCGCCGCAGCCGUGACGGGCCACCAGGACGGGCGGCUGCGCCUGUGGCGGGUGUCCUCGCGCUCGCCGGGCAGGCUCCGCCUCGCCGCGGUGCUCCCCACGGUGUCCGAUCGCCUCCGCCGGUUCCCCGUGCCGUCCAACCACGUGACCGUGCGGCGCCACCACCGCCGGCUCUGGAUCGAGCACGCUGACGCCGUGUCGGGCGUCGCGGCGUCCGCGGACGGGCGCCUCCUCUUCUCCGUCUCCUGGGACAAGACGCUCAAGGUGUGGGCGCUGCCGUCGCUCCGGUGCCUGCAGUCGCUGCCGGCGCACGACGACGCCGUGAACGCCGUCGCCGUGGCGCCCGACGGCACCGUGUACACGGCCUCCGCCGACAAGCGCGUCCGCGUGUGGGCGCCCGGACGCCCCGACAACAAGCCACCGCCGUCGUCCCGGCGCGCGCGCGGCAAGAAGCACCACGUCUACCACCUGGUCGCCACGCUGUCCCGCCACACGGCGGCGGUGAACGCCCUGGCCGUCGGGUGCGCGGGCCAGCAGCUCUACUCGGGCGGCAACGACCGGUGCGUCCUGGUGUGGGAGCGGGAGGACAGCGCCAGCCACAUGGUCGCGGUCGGGGCCCUCAGGGGCCACCGCCGGGCCGUUCUCUCCGUCGCGUGCGCGCCGGCCGGGCUGGUCGUCAGCGGGUCCGCGGACCAGACGGUGCGGGCCUGGCGCCGCGCCGCGGACGGUAGGGAUUACGCCUGCGUCGCCGUGAUCGACGGCCACAACACCGCCGUCAGGUCUGUCGCGGCGGCGCCUCUGCCGUCGAUCCAGAAGCGGUCCCGCGCAGGCGGUGACGAUGCGGACGGCGGCGAGGAGGAGUGGAGGGUGUGCAGCGCGAGCUUCGACGGCGAGGUGCGGGUGUGGUCGCUGCGUGUGUCGGGUUUGUAG